UUGGUGUUUUGUUUCGUUUGGAUAAAAGUAAUAAGGAAGUAGAUCCUCAGUCACUAUUCAUCAKAAAACAAGCUGCGUUUAAUGCUUGAUAAAAGUAUGUCUCAUUCGCCUGUCACCGUCGGCUAGUGAGUGGGUGGGAUGCUCGAGGAUUCUGUUGAAACCAUGUGACGAAAUAGCUCCGUAUGUAACGUCGAUGUGAAUCAUAACACUGUUAAAACAAUUUGUUGUACUCAUGUUCAACGAGGAGUUUCACGUCAAACUACCCUCAGGACAACUUCCAUAGUUAUUAUGAUCAAGAGUGUACAUAUAUAUAGCAUACUAUUGGUUAUGGUUGUCAUCCCACUAUCCUUAGCGAAGCCUCUGUCAUUUCAAGAAGAUAAAGUUAUUAACAAGAUAGUCAAAUUGAACAAUGUAACUAGAUGGAAGACGAUACGAAAAGCUGUACUGGAUAGUCGAUAUCGCUACAGAUUAGAAAUAUUACCCAGCGGGACAGUACGCGGUACUWCCAACUAYCAAUCAAUAUACACUCAGCUAGAACUACACUCAAUAGGACAUGGGAUAAUGAGGAUAUAUGGAGUACAUUCUAAACGAUAUCUUAGUAUUAAUGACAGAGGGCAAUUAAUAGGCCAGCAACCAUCGCUAAAUACAGUAUUCAAGGAAUUAUAUCUGGAGAACUAUUACCAGUCAUUCCAAUCAUACAAAUUCAAAGACAAAAAUCCUGACUCAUGGUUAGUUGGUAUUAAAAAGAAUGGUAAAGCAAAAAGAGCAACUGCAACUCAAAUAGGCCAAACAUCAACACAGUUUGUUGAAUAGAGGCUCUAUAACAGUGACCUUAGAGAACAAAUUACCUUAGCUUAAUUGUAGUAAAAAACCAUGCCCGUUUAAUCAUGGGGCUAUUUAGAUCGUGCCCAAUAAGAAACUGAUAAAAAGUUUAUUGUACAAAAAAUAGUAGCUCUCAUCGCUUAUAAUUUAUCAGUCAGAAAAUAGAACUGGAGACUUCUCCAUGCCAACCUUGGUAGCUUCCACAACAUGRCUGCAGCCCGUACAAUUCAUAUUCUCUACGCAGUCAUUGCAAGCACAGGCUCAAGCCCAAUCUUCUUGCUACGAUCGAAGGGGUUGAUUUGAAGGAGAAAAUUUGUUUAUCUCAACUACCCCAGGUGCAACGCACGCUACAAAGAAAAGUGAGAGAGGCGACUGGGUACGAGUCUGUGCUUUCUCGGGAGAGCCUACGUAGCACUCAGUUGAUAUAAUAUAUUCAU